AUGGUGGUGGCCGCAAAUGAUUCCAGUGAUCUUUUGGUGGAUUUAUUUGCAUUCAACACAAGCUUUAUAAUAUGGUUUAAUGGUCUUGAAAAAGGUUUAGAAAUUUCAUAUCUCGAUAUUCCUGCCCAUGCGGUAAGGAAAAACCAAUUGGGACAAUUAGAAUUAUAUAUCCAAAUGAACUACUCCAAUUCAGGCGACCAAUCACCUUGUCUAAUUGAAUUCAGUUUUACUCCAAAAUAUUGGGAAAAUGACCGUUAUUUUAACCAAGAGAUUGAAAAGUUAUUUACUUAUGAAUUCUUUGGAUUAAAUAAAGGUUCAAAAAUGAUAUUCAACACUUUCAAUGCAAUUGGGAAAUGCUCGUGCUUUCAUAAUAAUAAUAGUGAUGAUUAUGAUGAUGAAAGAAGCAUGGAUGACGCUGAUGAAGUUAUUGAUGAGUUUUAUGAAAUGGGAUUAGAUAAUUCAGGUAAUGCAGAUGAUAUGACAGAUACUAAUGAAGGCGAGAUAAAGUGGAAUUCUGGAGUAAAUGUUAAGAUAUACAAUGAUGAAGAAAAAUUCAAAACUAGAAGUCUUGAAGAACUGGAUGUUGAGCACAACUACAGAAGGUUUAAAUACUUUAAAAAUUCAUUCCUUGCAUAA